AUGUUGCCAAUCGGGGGUGCCAAGGGUUCAGGAUUAGCAAUGAUGAUGGAUAUCUUUGGUGGCUUGCUCACAGCCUCUUCCUUUGCUGGUGAUGUGAAUGAUCAAUACAACAAUACCAGGAAUCCUCAGGGAGUGGGGCAUUGGUUCAUGGUGUUCAAACCGGAGACGUUCUUGGAUUCGAGAGACGAGCUUGCUGAUAGGAUGGAUACUCUUUUGGGAAGAGUCAGACCCUGUGAGAAAGUGGAGGGAGUGGACAGAAUCCGUGUUCCGGGAGAAAAUGCUACUGAGAUGGAGACUCGUAGGCGCUUCGAAGGCAUUCCGUUCACUGCCGUGGAGCUGAAGAACCUGAAUCUACUUACCAAACAGAGCGGAAGCCAAGUCAUGCUAGCAGAGAACGUUGCUGUCAAUUAG